ACCUGUAAUGUUUGCUAUCACAAAAAAAAAAAAAAGCUUUGGGUUCUUUCCUUACUUUCAGGAUUCAUUGCAGCAACAUGUCGGACGCGGGAGACAACCACAACACGGACCCAAUGGAGGAAGAAGCUCAGGUCAUGCUUGGAUUCGCGGAGCCAGUGGAUCUCGAUGAGCAUGGACCAUUGCUCGCCGAGAACUUUUGUUCAAAGAUUGGUGGUUUCCCACUUUGGCUGAACCCUGAACACGCCCUGGAUACUAAGGAGAUAUUGUGUGAACAAUGUCAAAAACCUAUGACAUUUUUGCUGCAGCUGUAUUCGCCAGAAGAUCAUCCUGCGGAAGCGUUUCAUCGUGUGAUCUAUGUGUUCUGCUGCAAGGAUGGAGCGUGUCACAAGAAAUUGCCCAGGGGAUGCUUUAAGGUUGUCAGGAGUCAGCUCGGGCAGUAUAACCCAUACUAUACACCAGUGGCCCAUGACGACGAAAAUGCCGCCGAGGAGAACGCUGGAUGGGAACCAUUCCCAAGCAGCAGACAUGCCAAGACUUGCUUCGUAUGCGGAAUGUACGGACCAAAGAUCUGUUCCAAGUGCCAUAAAGUAUCUUACUGCGGUCCCGAACAUCAGGCGAUCCAUUGGACUAAGGGACUUCACAAACAGCUCUGUGGCACCAAUCCCCCUGCUUCGCCCUCGCCGGCGCUCGACUCUGAUCUAGCUGAGCUCUCAAUAUCCAGCAAAACUACAUCAGCACAGCAGGAAAAAAUCGAGGAGGAUCAGGGCGACUAUAGCGAUGAUAAGAACACAACUGAAAAGAAGAUAAAGAGUAAGAGUCUAACCCAGACGUUGACAAAGGAGCAACAGGAGUAUGCCAACAAGCUGGAUAUCGAUUACAGGUUAGUCGAGCGGAUGAACCGGUUUCCGGAGCUGGAGAUCAUCAGCGAGGCUGAGGUGUUUGAUCAGGAAGCGAUCGAGGAAGGUCUGGUGAACGAGAGUUCGGGGGAUGAACAGGAGGCCGAGGAAGGAUGGGAGGAGAAGGCUGCGGCGUUGAAGGCCAAGAGGGAGAAGAAGGCCGCGGCACUCGCCAAGAAGAACGGAGGUGGCAAUGUGAGCAAUUCGCUGGCGACUGCAGAGACUUCGAUGAAUGCCUUGGUUCCUGUGGGAGAUGAGGUAUAUGAGAACACAAGGACGGAUAUUGAUGCGGCUUUCUUGACUUUUCAGAAGAGGACUGCUCUGUAUCCAGAUCAGGUUCUGAGAUAUGCGCGCAUUGAGUAUGAGACCACGAACCCGGAGCCCCUGUACGUCAGCAAUAGUGGCGUUCCCAAGCCUGAAGACAUUCCCCCAUGCCCGGACUGCGGUCAGGAGCGGACAUUUGAGUUCCAGAUCUUGCCUCAGCUAUUGAACCAUCUCGCGAUUGAUCACUCUUCUUCGGACGCAUUAGAUUUCGGCACUGUGCUUGUGUAUUCGUGUAAGGACAACUGUUAUGUCAAGGGCAAGCAUUAUCAGCACGAGGUUGCGCUGGUGCAGCACUUUUCAGAAGAUGGCAUGCAGGGCGGUAACAUGAUCUCGGGACCCAACGUUUCUGUCUCGUCAAAGUAAAAAAAAAAAAAAAAAAAAA